AUGCCGAUCGUGGAGUUUUGGAUCGCUCUCAGUACCACGGUGCUGUUGUUUUCCGGGUUGGGAUUGUGUCUGAUCCUGGAUAAGCGGCGAUCGGUUUGGGUCGAUCGACGUUUUCCCAGCACCGGCAGGACCGGUGUGCUGUACGGUGACUAUAGAGCGGCCGGUCGUACAGAGCAUCGCAUGUACACGACCCAGCGGCUGUAUCGUGAAUUUAAGGCAAAAAAAUGGCCCAUAGGCGGAGCGGUAAUGUAUCUGACACCGUGCGUGAUACCGACCGAUCCGUACUUGAUCGAGCACAUGCUGAGUGAGGAGUUUGUAAAGCUGGCCGGUAGAAACACAUCCGACGGUGCAACGUUUGGAAGCUGGUGGAACGCUUUCGAGGAUGAGCAUUUUGAAUCUUUAGUGGAUGUGGUGACGGAGGAGACUGGGCAGAUUACGGAAAUGUUGUGUUCCUCCAGUACGUCAGUUGAUGUAAAAGCGAUCGUGGAGCUGUUCGUGGCACGAGCAUUGACGAGAUGUAUAUUCGGGAAGCGAUAUACAGCGGAUGAACAUAAGCUACCCAUUACAGAAAAACUAGCCAAACAUCCAUCCGGCACAGUGUGGGAGGUAUUUUCCACGGCUUUUCCAGAUGCGGGAUUCACACGUGUGUUACGGAAAGCGUUCAAUCACAUGCAAGAACAUCCACUUAUUCUGGAGGAGCUUGUAAGUGCCAUCUCAACCACACCUACCACGGAUGCUAACUUCCUCAAGUAUAUGAAACAACUGGAGCAACACGCUAGCGCAGCCGAUCGUAUGGCGUUCGAAGAUACGAAAACGCUGAUGCUAGAGCUUGUUCAACAUGUGUUUUACACAGCGGCAGGAACGAUCGUUGCCUGUCUGUUUGAGAUGGGCCAUAAUCCAAAGAUACAACACAAUUUGCAUAAGGUACUGAAGCGAUCGAGUGAUUCAAUGGUUGACUUUUUGGACAAGGUGAUUGGAGAAACGCUUCGCAAGUAUCCUCCGAUUGAUGAAAUAUCGUUUAUGACCGGUGCCAAUCAUCGACUUCCAAGUGGGGAACUUAUGAUACCGAGAAACACGAAAGUGAUCAUCCCUAUCUACGCACUUCAUCAUGAUGCUGAAUUCUAUCCAGAUCCCAAUCGGUUCGAUCCCGAAAGGCCUGUUUUAAGAUCCAGGAAAGAAACACUACUCUACCGGCCCCUGGGUGAUGUACCGUUCCCGAUCGGGUCAAGCUUGGCCCUGUUGAUUGUUCGCGUAGGAUUGGGCAACAUUUUGAAAGAGUGUACCGUGCGCUUAACUUCGGUAUCCCCUGCAACGUUGAAGAUAUCGCCACAUCAACCGAUACCGUACCCCAGUGGCCGUGUUGAGCUGCUGAUAAGCCGUGCCGCGUAA